GGGUGGGAGGAGAGAGAGGCCGGCCGGCUGCUCCCGGGUCGCCGCAGACCCCGCGGACCCCGCCGCCAGCGCUGCCCACCCGGCGCCUGCCGGGACGAGCUGCCGCAAACUUCUUAAAUGACCACGUCCGGCUGCCCGUGGAGCGCUUCUGGGUUGGGGAGAGGAAAGGAAAGUGGAAAAAAACUGAGAACUUCCUGAUCCCUCUCGCUGUGAGACAUGUCUGAGACUCCUGCUCAGUGUAGCAUUAAGCAGGAACGAAUUUCAUAUACACCUCCUGAGAGCCCGGUGCCGAGUUACGCCUCCUCAACUCCACUUCAUGUUCCAGUGCCUCGAGCGCUCAGGAUGGAGGAAGAGUCGAUCCGUCUGCCAGCGCACCUGCGCUUGCAGCCAAUCUACUGGAGCAGGGAUGACGUAGCCCAGUGGCUCAAGUGGGCUGAAAAUGAGUUUUCUUUAAGGCCAAUUGACAGCAACACAUUUGAAAUGAACGGCAAAGCGCUCCUGCUGCUGACCAAAGAGGACUUUCGCUACCGAUCUCCUCAUUCAGGUGAUGUGCUCUAUGAACUCCUUCAGCAUAUUCUGAAGCAGAGGAAACCUCGGAUCCUUUUCUCACCAUUCUUCCACCCUGGAAACUCUAUUCACACACAGCCGGAGGUCCUCCUGCAUCAGAACCACGAAGAAGAUAACUGUGUCCAGAGGACCCCCCGGCCGGCUGUGGACACAGCACACCACAACCCUCCCACCAUUGAACUCUUGCACCGCCCCAGGUCACCCAUCACGACAAAUCACCGGCCUUCUCCCGACCCGGAGCAGCGGCCCCUCCGGUCCCCCCUGGACAAUAUGAUCCGCCGCCUCUCCCCAGCUGAGAGGGCCCAGGGUCCGCGGCUCCACCAGGAGAACAACCACCAGGAGUCCUACCCUUUGUCAGUGUCUCCCAUGGAGAACAAUCACUGCCCGCCUUCCUCCGAGCCCCACCCGAAACCCUCCAGCCCACGGCAGGAGAGCACCCGAGUGAUCCAGCUGAUGCCCAGUCCCAUCAUGCACCCCCUGAUCCUGAACCCCCGGCACUCCGUGGAUUUCAAGCAGUCCAGGCUCUCCGAGGACGGGCUGCACAGGGAAGGGAAACCCAUCAACCUCUCCCACCGGGAAGACCUGGCGUACAUGAACCACAUCAUGGUCUCAGUGUCGCCGCCGGAAGAGCACGCCAUGCCAAUCGGGAGAAUAGCUGUAUCUUCAGGAAAGGACUGCUGGGGAUUGAGGAGCAGCUGGAAGUAUCUGUCAUCUUCUGAAACAUUUCCCUACCUGCAAGUUCCGUCCGGCCUGUGUCUCCCCAGUAUUUCAUAGGCAGAGGGUAGAGCGGCCCUUGUGAUGGUGGGUGUCAUGGUCUCAGGAUGCACAGGGGCCCCCCGUUAUCCAUGGUUUCAGUCCCCCGUGGUUAACCAGGGUCCAAAAAUAUUGAAUGGAAAAUUCCAGAAAUCUGAGUUUUAAACUUUCAUUACAGAAUAUCACAGUUGUUCUGUUUUACUAGUCAUUGUUGUUCAUCUCUCACUGUGCCAAACUUAUAAUUUAAACAUUAUCAUGUGUGUUUAUAUGUAGGAGAAAACAUAGCAGAUAGGGAGGGAGUUCAGGCAUCCCCUGGAGGUCUUAACAGGUAAUCCUGCAUGGAUAAGGGAAGCUACUUGUGCUGUAAUCCCUUCUUAGGACCAGAUGAUUUCAAAACCAGAAGCAUGUUUUACAGAAGAAGGAACUAACCGAGAUUCAGCCACACCCGUAUCGCAGCCUCGUACACUCCUGCCCAGUGUUGUUCCUCAGACGCUGUUCCUUCUACCCCAGGCCCUGGAGUGGGGAUUGGCCACUGUGGCAAAAUUCAGCCGCCACCUGUUUUUCUAAGCCAGGCUUCCUUGAAAACCAGACCUAUUUAUUUAGUGUUGUCUGCUUUUGUGCUGCAGCAAAAGUUGAGUUGAGUAGUUCCGGAGACCAUUGGCCAGAAAGCCUAAAAUAUUUAUGAAUUGGCCUGAUAGAGAAAGUUUGCUGCCCGGCUCCCCAUGUGGUCAAGGUACUGGGCGGCACUGGCAUAAUAAUGGAGGGUGUGGGCAUAGGAAACACUGUCCUUGCUCUCAAGGAAUGCUUUGCCCCAUAGAUGGUGAGGCAAGUCUAAGACAUGAAAGAACAGUAACAAAUGAUGAAAGACUAGGCAAGUUCUGGACUGCAGGCUACAUUCAGAGAACAAUCCGGAAGCAUUGCAGUAACAUCAUGAACGUGAAUAAAAUACAGCCAAGUGAGUUGUUUCUUUGCACAUUUGCUUUAUAUAGCUAUUUGUUCAUUCAUUCAAAAAUCAUCAUGUGUCUGCUCUGUGCCAGGCAGGCACCAUUCUAGGUAACAGACAGGUACGCACCUGUCUCCGAAUGCCAACUUGUUGUGCCUGCCGACCGGAAGCAGUACCCCGCCUGCUCUCCGCCACCACACAACCCAAGCUCCUGCUACGGUUUUAACUACAGACGGCUAAAUCCUAAAAGGGAAAUUUUAAGUUAUUUUGGAUUUCUCUUAAAGUUCUUCAGUUCCCUUAAAACCUGAUCCACCUGAUUGUCCAUUCCUUGGCCUUAAUCCAAAAAUCUGCUAAGAAAGAAAGAUUCAUGGAUAAGCUGAAAAUUGUCUUAUAUCUUAGCCCUUCAUUUGCUACAUAAAGGCAGGUACUUCAGAAGUCUGUACAGAUUCGGGUGUUCAAAGCCCAUGACCCAUCUAAAUAGACAAUAUUUCCUUUCCUGCACUCACCUGGCAACUCUGGCUAAGUCUCUUGGUCUCGGUAACUUGAACUUCAUGGGUUUCGAGGAUGUCCUGACUUCUGUCAGCUUGCAGCCUCCUCACUCCCACCCUCAUAAGGUACUUCAUGGGCAUCUUUCAGAUCCUUAAAGGCAGCCAUUUAGGCUUUAAAAAUAUACAUGUUGGGCCAGGGAGCGCAAGGUCCCGAGUUCAAUCCCUGGUACCACACACACACACAAAAAAAAAACCACAAAAAAAAUACAUGUUUAUUAUCUACCAAGGUUACAUAUUUAACAGAAACAAAAAGUCUAAUCAGGGAGACAUGAGUCUCCUGGGAAGCUUAUUUUAUCACCUGACUCGGUGUACUUUCCUGAUUUGGUUUUAUUGACUGGAUGAGUUCUGUAUACACGAAAACCCCAUCCUGGAAGCCUCUAAUCUUUAAAUCAGAUGAAGCACAUGAAGGGAGGAACAGGGAAAGCAGUGAAGCUCAUCCUCAGGGACCUCCAGGACCAGAGGAAGCCAGACUGAGCCCUGACCUCUUGCCUCCAUCUGCCCUUCAUCCCCACCAGUGAAAUCCACUUCGGGUGAGGCUCUUGGAUUUUUUUCUUUUGUAAGUAACCCUCAGGAGUGGCCUUGAAGACAAAAGACAUCAUAAAAGUGGACUAAAGGGAUUAGUAUGACAGUGAGGAGGACAAGUCUCCUCCUAAGAUGUGGAGGUGCACCUUUGCACUCGCGUGUAUUGGUGUAAAGUCUCUGUUUGGAGGAAAGAAAGGACAGGGUCAUGGGAGGUGUCCAUCAGCCAAAGGAUUCCAGAGUUUUGUACCGGCUGAAAGAGCCACUUCCUCCUGGACCACAUUGGGAGAUAGCCCUCUGGGGACCCCUGUGUCCACCCCCUUGAUCUGGGGUUCAGUUGACAGCCAGCCUGGAGUGCCUGGGGAGGCGGUGGGGCCCUGGGGGAAAACCUGGACGCUGCAGGUGGAAGCAGCGGAAUCCAGCUCUUCUCUCGAGAGCAGAGGGGCUCAGUGUCUGAGGCUUUGUUUCCUCAUCUGUAAUUUCCAGAAUACCCAUCCUGGGCAUUUGUAUUAACAAGACAACGUGAAUGGUAGCACAAGCAGGUUAAGUACAGACGGUCAGCCUCCCCUUCUUCACCGUGUAAAAGCGAGGCAGCAGCUCAGAGGGGCAGCACAGCAGCCCUCCGAUCAGGUAUGGGGCACUGACACACCAGGUCAUGUUUGUGUCAGGCCAAUGCUAAGAUGCAGAAUGUGCUCCAGCAAGGCCACCUCAGCUAUUUGCUUGCAAGUUUCUGCCUGCUGCCCCUGCCAACCGAGGACAUAGAUAAGAUCCUCACUAGGGUCUGAUGAGCCCUGGGGAGGGUGAGUCUUCAGUCCAGCUAGAAUAUUCAGCUUGGCUCUGACUUCUCACACUUUGGCUCAAUCACUUUGCUUUAUUUUCAGUGCAAACAACUAAGAAAUCAAAGAGUCCUGGGGCCAGGGAUGUAGCUCAGUGGUGCCGCACCUGCCUGGCAAGUGCAAAGUCCUGAGUUCAAUCCCUGGUACGGCUGGAGGUGGGGGGGCGGAUCAAAGAGUCCUAAAGAAAGGGAAGUUUCAGGACAAUGCUUUUAAAGGGUAGAACAUCAAUGGCACCCUGGCUGGGCAGGAAGUAAUAGGAGACUGGAAAUUCCAGUUUGCUCAAUGGUACAUGCGUUUGUUACACUGUGCCCCAGCUCUCUGCAGUCCCUGGAUGUGAAUUCCCAGGUGACUCCCACCCUGAGCAAAGCUGAGGCUGGCGUGGGGCUUGGUUCUAGCCUCUGGGCUCUCAGCAAGGGCUGGAGUCUCAGACCAGCACCCCGGCCCGCUGCUGCACACCCACACCAUCAGUCACCAGAGCUGGGAGGCCCGCUUGUUUGCAGCUGUGGUCCCCCUGCCCCGUGAAGCCUUUGCAUUCUGUCUCCACCGCCUACCCCACCACAGCGAGCCACUCACUGUGCCCGUGUGGCCUGUUUUCCUAAACCACAGGGAAACACAGCCAGUGGCCCUCUAGAGACAGCUCUUCGCAUUAACAGGGAGUUGGCUGUUUGGGAUUUAGCAACUUUCUGCUUCGAGCUAAUAGCUGCUCUAGAACAGAGGAGGAAAAAAAUGACUGAGUGGCAUUUGCCCCUGCAUCUUGCCAAACCCAUGUCUCUGUGAGCAGUCUCCCCCGCGGCACUCUCGCUGUUCAGGCUCAGCACUGUAAUUCUCUGCUGCACGGCUCGUGCUGUGCUUUAUAAGUUGUCUAGCAGCAUCCCUGACUUCGCCCACUGCAUGCCCGAAGCUCACUCUGUGCCCAUUAGGACCGAGACCUCGCCAUACACUGCCCCUUCCGAGCACUGUCAGACUUUCUAUUUUGAAUGUUACCUCACCUUUAUCAAUUUCUAGCUAUUUUUAAAAAAUUAAAUAGGGGCCUUAGGGGCCUCCCUGUUGGUAAUUAUGUCUAUGGCACUAUGGUUUAUAGACCUUCAUUUAAAAUUUCACUUGGAAAAAAAUAAAUAAAAAUAAAAUUUCACUUGGGCUUUAAAACAACAUAAAAUUACUUCCUUAGAUGCUCUUCUGAAGGUUACAUUAACCACCAUUAUUACACAUUCCCUUUGUCCCGAAACUUGACUUGCCUACUCAAAAUUUUUAAAUAUCAAUUUUGUCUAGCAUGGUUUUUUUUUUCCUUUAGAAACCAUGUUGAUUAUGUGUGAAUUGCCCAUCUUUUUACAGUCUCUCCUCAAUCCAUCUCUGGUAGGAGACAGACGUGCGAGUGAAAAUCUCUCUCCUUAACCACAGGAAGGGACUUUUUAUGCCUUUUAGCAGUGGAUUCUCAGGGUACCUCACCCAGCAGGAAGCAGAGAGGACGCUUUCUACAGUGGGAAAGAGGCCUUUUAUUCUAGCUAAAUUCUUUCGUAAACUUCCUCUCACCUCAUGGAAGAGACGAUCCAAGUAAUGGACAAUUUCUUUAAAAUACUCACCUGCCUUGCUACAGAAGGAGGCCCUUUAGUUUAAGGGAAGCAUAUUUAAAAUUAACAAAUGCCUUGGGAUGUAAAAAUUUUACACAUGCAUGUUCACUUGUGGUGAGAUGGGCUUUUGUUUAUAGAAUUUGGUGUGUUUUUAUUGUACAGUAUUAAGCACUUUCAGUGCUGACCAAAACAUCACAUCUGUGCAAACAUGGGUUUGACAAAGCUGGAAGAUUCUAGGUGGGCUCUGAUUACGGCCUCCAGAAGGUCUAGGGACUGAGGAGGGUGUGUCUUUUAUUGAAUGAAAUCUUAAAAACAAAAACAACUCAUGGAUUCAAUCUCAGUUGUUGAAAAAGGAGGGAUGGUAAUGUGGUCAAGCCAUUAUUAUUUUUAUCAUCUAGGCAUAACUUAACUAAAAGCAAUCAAUAAUAUUGUAAAAGUCACUUAUACUCUGAACUUGAAACAACUUUGUCACAGAAUUCCUGUUGCUACCUCCAUUAAUGACUGAGUAAUUCAACAUGUCUUGAAUGUCAACAAAUUUUUAUUACUCAGCUAACACUGGCUUUGCUAGGUUAAAUGUCACUUAAAGUGAUCAGUGGAAAGCUAGUUUGGGGUUAAUUUCAAAUUUAUGAAAGGAAAAAGUUCACAAGAUACAAAUGUUCUUGAAGCUUAUAGGUAAAGUCUGCUUUCUGUUAAGCCCUGCCCUUCAUUUGCAAUCCAAAGAUAGCAUUCUAGAUCCCAGUUCUGUGCCUCUAGGAAACCAACAUGGUAUCCCAGUGCUGAGUGAGCCGUUACUUGGCGAAAUGGUCUGGUUGACAUUUUCCUGGGGUUUUUUUGUUUCUGUUUUUGUUUUUGUUUUUUCAGACAGGACUAUGUAGUUGUAUGGCCUUGAACUCACUAUGUAGCCCAAGCUGACCUCACACUCAUGGUGAUCCUCCUGCCUCAGCCUCCCAAGUGCUGGGAUGGCAGGCAUGCGCCACCAUGCCCAGCUAUUUUACUGUUUUAUGAGAAAUACAAUGCACCAUGACAGUAAAAGAUAAAAAACGGGGGAGUGAAACCUCUGCAGUUGGAAUGUCUGCUUUCAGCUCAUAGUAGGUCUCUAGAUUAUUAAAGUUUAUUGUGAGCACAUUAGAGAACCCCAUUCCAUUUCAGAAAAAUGCAAAGGUGUCCUCAGCCUCUUUGCAGUGAGUGUGAUUGGAGCCACACAGGGAGGCAAGGGCGGGGUAUCAGUAACCCACUUUCAUUCUUCCUAAUUCACAGGCAUUUUACAUGAUUGCAUUUGGUUUUGUCAGAUUUUCCCAGCAGGGAGAGAUUAUGGGAAAUUAAAACUAUAUUUGCCUUUUGAUGGAACCAAAACUGGACAGUUGAGCUACAGCUUGUCUGUUCAGGCUGCUAUAACAAAAUAGCAUGAACUGGGUAAAUUAUAAACGACAGAAACUCAUUCCUCAGAGUGCUGUAGACUCCCCGUCCGAUGAGGCCUCACUUUCUGGUUCAGAGACGGCACCUUGUCGGUGUGUCCGCACCCGCACGGAAGGGAGGCCCAGAGGUCUCUCAGAGAAGCGCAGGGCCCCCGCUCUUGUGGGUGGAGCCUCCAAGACCUAAUCGCCUUCCAAAGGCUGGGGCUGUCACUUGGAGGCUAGGAUUUCAACAUCCAAAUUGGGGUGGGAGGCGUAACAGCCAGAAUGUAGCAGUUCUCUAUUUUCUGUUUGUAAGGAAAGUGAUACAGAAAAAGGAGGCAGCUUCUCGGCAUAAGGACACUUUGCCUACUCUGCUUUGCCUAGAAACUAGGGCCGUCGUUUUCCGGGCGCCUUAAGCGCGAGCUAGAAUAUUCUGCCGGUCAUUGCGUAACACUGGCCUCACAUGCUACUUUCUGGUGCUUGGGUUGGUACCCUGCUCUCUCCCCCAACAGCAGCCUACCCUCUGGCAAUAAAGAAGGGGGCCUUAGGAAAGUAACAGAAGUGAUGGGCCCGUCCCUAGAGGGAUUCAAACUCCAGGGCUGGAUGUCACUGUUUUAAGGACACCACUCAUCUUUUUUCCAAAACGCAACAAAUCCCCCAUCACGUUUAUUUUGAGACACAGAUAACACAUACACACACACUCACGAAUGCUUGAUGUUUAGGCUCAUGGUAAGCUUGUAGUUCCUUGAAGAAUUAAGCUUUCUGAAAAAUGCUACAUUCCCUCUGUUCCUUCUGCCAGAGAAAAUGUUGGAAAGGGUACACUAAGCAAAGUUCAACUUUGCUCUAAAAAAAUACUAAGAUUUUACAGAUAUAUUCCCAUUGACCAGUUAUCUGAGACUAGAAAUCACAUCAGGGAGUACGGUACAGCAUAGGCUUCGGAGUCGCACAUAGCCUAGAACCCAAAAUGUGUCCCACACAGCCGUGCCCUGCAGUGACUACAUUACCAAACCCCCUGGCCCCGGCUUCCUGGUCUAUGAAGCAGGCAACAGCCUCUGGCUCCUAGAUGGGAUAACAAGUGUAACCAUGCAUACAGAACAUACAGACAGUGCCUGCAAGUAGCUCCCAACAAAUACAAUUAAUGGUUUCAUUAUUUUCUUUUCAUUUGCAUUAGCACGAGUACAAUAAUCCUGUAAAGUAAGUGUUGUAAUUCUCACAAAUGAGGAAACAGACUCCCAGGGAGAUUAAGAAACUGGCCCAAAGUUGUCUGGAGAAUUCAAAGAACGGAGUACUUUCUCUGGGAUGUGAACAUGUUGGCUGUAAGACAUUGCUGGAUACUCCCUUCCCAGGGGUGCCAGGCCCAGACCUUACCCCUGUAAGAGACAGCACACUGUAGUACAAGAACCAGGGACCUCAGGCAAGUUCUCGUAACCUCUCUGAGGACUGCAGUGAUACUCAAAGUGUCAACUAAACAGCGCAGUAAACAGGGUUAAUGUUUAGAUUUCUAAAAAUUACAGUAAAAGACACAUUGCCAUUCAUCGCCCCGCCAAAUACUCAUGCUUUGAACAUGUGUCCUGUUUAAGGUUUUUUAACAUUCACUGCAUUUUCCUAUCACCCCUUGUAUGUGUCUACCUCCACCUACCUACCUAGCAAGGCUCUUCUAGAGGGCAGCAGAGGGCAAGGGGACAGGGAAGGGGGACGUCCCAUGUUAGCUGGCUGAUUGCGACAGGAUCUCACUGUGUCACCCAGGGUGGCCUCACAUUCCUGGGUUCUGGGGUUACAGAUGUGCAACACCACGCCCAGCCAUAUGUCUUCUUUAAUAUACGAAUCCACAGCCAAAACCUAGGUUUAGCAAAGUACCAGGGCCUUGCCAAAUCACUUAAUAAAUAUUUGCUGCCCAACCACGCAAUCAAACAUCAUUUCUGCAAAUGGAAAAAAUGAGUUUUUGGACCAGGUUCCUUUCUACUUUGAUUCCAUUAUAAUAAAGCCAUUUACAAGCCUUCCAACAUAUGAUAUAAUGAGAAUAUGGGUAUUUGUAAAGUCACGCUGGCCACAGUUCCCGCAGUCAGCAUCACCAAGCCACAUAGCUUUGCUUUUCCCAGUUUUUGAGUCAUUCCUCUUCGUUGGACACUUCCCGGGUCUUCUCAUCUCCAUCCAUUCAGGAUCUUGCCGACACCAAGACCGUUUUCAGCCCCUGUACUUUUAGUUCACUGCUCUCUGGGACUUUGAGACCUUCUUUGCCCCCUUCCUCCUCCCAGCCUGUUUGUAGGUCACUGUCAAAGCCGAGUCAUGCAUUAGUGCUUUGCUCCCUGUCUCUCCAAGUGUUGGUCACGACCACGGACAAGCCUCUUCCUCUUUCUGAGUCACGGCGUCCCCAUCUGUAGAGGGAAGCAGCCAUCCUGGACAUAGUCUAAGCCCACUCAGGUCAGAGAUCAUACUUCUCCAACAGGAUUUCACCAGCUCUCCCCAGACCUUCGUUUCCUUCUCAUAAACAAGGAAGUUAGACCACCCGUUCAAAUGAAGCAAGAGCAGUGACUGGAUUCUUCUCCGAGUCUUGUUGUUACUGCCUCAACCAGAAAUAUUUUCAACACUGUUUCCUCCCUUUUCC